AGCACAACACACGUAAUAUAUACAUACAUACACUCAUCAGCAGUCGAUAGGAUAGAUACAGAGAGAGAAAGUAGUAUAGAGAGAGACAUACCCAAAUAUAAAUCUACACUCCUUCAUACACAUAAAUACAUACAUACAUUCACACACACUUAUUACACGCACAAGAAUUGUGCAAACACAGAACACUCCUUGAUUCCGAUUCAAAUACUAUCAUACAACUUUAGAUCUCGUAAAACCCCAGAGCAGUUUCACCAACAACUUUCUCUCAAGAUUCAAUGCCAACGUUCUUUCUUUACAGUUCUUGAUACUUUAUGAUUCAACUGAUGGUGAAAUAGUGUGUGUGUUUGUUUGGAAAUGGAUGAUAGAGGAGGUGGAUCAUUUGUGGCGGUUAGGAGGGUUUCUCCUCAAGGGCUGCUUGAUAGAAAUAACACUUGUCAAACUACUUCAGCUGAGGCUGUGGCAGGAUCAACAGCAUGGCUUUCAUGUGUUUGUGCUCAGGGAACAGAAGACGAUUCUCGCCCCUCAUUUGAUUUGACACCUGAACAGGAGGAUUGCUUAAUGAGACUGCAAAACAGAUUAGACAUCGCAUACGAUAGUUCAGUUCCAGAACACCAAGAAUCAUUGCUAGCAUUAUGGAAAGCCGCCUUUCCCGAAGAAGAGCUCCACGGUCUAAUUUCCGAACAGUGGAAGGAAAUGGGCUGGCAAGGAAAAGAUCCGUCUACUGAUUUUCGGGGCGGUGGAUUUAUCUCAUUGGAGAACUUAUUGUAUUUCGCGAGGAAUUUCCCUAAAUCAUUUCAAGAUCUUCUUAGAAAGCAGGAAGGUGACAGGUCCAUGUGGGAAUAUCCGUUUGCAGUAGCGGGUGUCAAUAUUACGUUCAUGCUUAUUCAGAUGCUGGACCUUGAAGCAGUAAAACCAAGGACUUUGGUUGGAGCAACCUUCUUGAAGUUUCUUUCAGAUAACGAAUCAGCAUUUAAUCUUCUGUAUUGCGUCGCCUUCGCUUUGAUGGAUCAUCUGUGGCUUGCCAUGCAUGCAUCUUACAUGGAUUUCAACGCCGUGAUGAAGUUAACAAGACAUCAACUGGAAAAAGAACUUUUGGAAGAAAACAUAACACGGCUUGAAGAGUUACCCUCCUAUGCACACUUACUAGGUAACAGUUAGCCCGUUCGGUUCAACUGCUCAAGGAUGACUAGGAUCCACAUGGUCCAUGAUCAGAGUGACACUAGAAAGUCGACAGUGUCACAAUAUCAACGUUUAGCAUAUAAUAAUAAUAAUAAUAAUAUCACACAAAUAUGGUGCAUGAUACAGCAUCAAUGUUGUACUACCAACUGUACGAUUUGAGUUCCAAGAGGUUUUGUGUUUUCCUACUAUUGUUCCUAAUCUGCGUGUAAACGUGACAAGAUCUAUAUGAAUCGUUUACUUUAUGAAUGGGAAAAUGAUGCAAUCUGAUAUAA